AUGGAUAUGAAGGAUAACCAAGAAAUCGACGUUUACGGUGCAGGGGAGGGAUACCCCAGUACCGGCGCAGGAGUGGGUGGUCAAGCGGGCCCCACUGCGUCGUUAGCUAGCGACCGUGGCCGUGUGGGGGUGGGCCACCGGGCCCCCAUACGCGUAAACGCGUCCGGUGAAGAAAUGGAAGACGUCGCGAUGGAGGAGACCCGCGAGGGUGGGCCUCCCGCAAGGACAAAAGCGAACAACAUCGAAGCGGCAAAGAACCGCGGAAGAAGCGGGGAGAGAAAAGCGGAGAGGGCGGGACCCGAGGACAGGAGAAGAAGCAACAGCCGGGGAGGGAAACCGACACCGACGCCGUCGCACGCCCCGCUCGCGGUCCCGUCAACCCCGCUUCCAACCGCAGCGGAGCACAGCGGCAACAUGUUCCAGACGUUCAAAAUCCCCAAGAACGUCAGGGACAAAGUGAAAGCGCAAGAUGGGCACAGGUCCAUAGACGGCUCGAUAGAGUCGUCUCAGAUGAGAAAGGAGUCGACCUCGGAAGGCAGAUCGGAGGACGAGGAGUCAAUGGCCUCGGUCACCUGGAGGGGCAAGAAGAGAAAAAUAACGAAAGUGACUCCAGAGGUGUCGGACCGAAUGAGGAACGUUAUCCAAGGGUCCUCACCGAGAGACGUGGACGCCGAAGUACGGCGACAUCAGGCCGAGGUCCUGAAGGUGGCGGCGACGUCCUCCAACCUCAAGGGGACGUACGUCAAAACCCUCAAGGACGCGGUCGAGUACACCGUCGCGGCAUGGUCCCACCAAACAACCACCUCCCGGGUGCCAGACUUCCUGGAAGAAAGGAAGAAGAGGGAGGCGCUGGAAAGAGAGGUGGAAAGCCUGAAGAGGAGGAACGAGGAGUUGGAACAAAGGAUAGACAGGUUCCUGAAAGGCACGGCCGAGACAGCGGCGCCGUCCCCGACGGAGGCGCAGGCUCCCCGGAGCAGCGGGAGGGCCAAGGACGACAUCGGAGCAGAAAUAGAGAUGCUAAAGAAGUCGAUAAGCAGCCUCGGCCCAUCCCUGUUGGGGACCCUGAGGGAAGAGCUCAGGGAAGCCCUCAGGGGAACGGGCCUGCUGAGACAAGCGACAGGAGGGAACAACAGCGGCGACAAAGAGCGGACGACGAUGCCGCGGACGGCGAGCCCGAAGCCUCCCCAACAACCCCCGCAAUCCUCCCAACCCUCUCAACAGCAAGAGGGACAGGGACAGGAGACGGACGGGGAAUGGAGGACCAUGGUCUCGCGGAAUGCGAGACGGAAGGCCAGGGAACAGAGGAGGAAAGAAGCGGGCCACGGCGCCCCCCUCCCCAUCGCGCCACAAACGAGCAGGGCGAGAUCGGCGGUGGGACCAGCCGGGCAACCGCCAAGGACGACCCCCGCCGCAUUAGGUGGAGGGGAAAGGAGGAGAGAAAGAAACGGAGAGAAGAAGACAGGAGCCCAACCGGCGAAACGGACGUACGCGACGGUGGCGGGCAGGGCGGGAUCGGCGGUCGUGCGGCCAGCACUCCGACCCCCCCCAACGUCAUCGGCGGUAACGCUCACGCUGAGGGACGGGGCUCCGAAGACGUACGAGGAGAUCCUGGCGGAGGCGAGACGGGACAAGACCCUCCAGAAAUGCGGACUGGAGUACGUCCGAACGAGAAAGGCGGCGACCGGGGCCAUGGUGAUCAAUAUCCCGGACGACGCCGGCAUGAGCAAGGCCACGCAGUUGGCGUCGCGAUUAGCCGGGGUAUUGGACCCCUCCACCGUCAGAGUAUCAGUCCCGGUACCGACGGCCGAGAUCAAAUUGGUGGGGGUCGACAUAUCCCUGAACGAGGAGGAACUGCUGGAGGAGCUGUCCAGGGCGGCGGACUGCCAGCCCCGCGACGUCAGAGCAUGGAGCGCGGGAACAUCUAGAAGCGGCAUGGGGAUAUUCUACGCCAAGUGCCCCGUGGCCGGAGCCCGUAAACUGGCUCAAGCGGGGAGGGUCACACUGGGGUGGACCAGGGCAAAGGUGAUCGCACUCCCCAGGAGACCGCUCCAGUGUUUCCGAUGCCUGGAGGUGGGCCACAUGGCGGCGAUGUGCGUCUCCCCGGUGAGAAGAACCCACCUGUGUUUCCGGUGCGGAGAAGAGGGGCACAGGGCGAGGAACUGCACGGCCGCAUCGCCGAGGUGCCCCAUCUGCGAGGCAAAAGGAGCCCCGUCAAAACACAGGAUGGGAAGCGCGGCGUGCAAACCACCGGAGGUAGGACCAUCCGGAAGGAGAAGGGCGCGGAGAACGGCGAUGGCCAAGGCAGCAGAGGCCACGGCGACAACCACGAGCAAGGGCGUCACCGGAGCCGCGGAGCAGGCCAGCCUGUCGGGCAACCCACCAGUCGGAGGGAAGGAUAGCACCAUCGGAGUGAGUGGCCCGGGGGAGGCCAUGGAGGUGACCGAGUAA